ACAAUAUUAAAAGUUCGAUUGCGCGUUUCGAUUUUCGUUCCGCGGUCUUUUAUCAAACGAGAAAUUAAAACGAUAGUGGCUCCGUCUGUGAGCAAAAUAAAGAAAUGAAAUGUCACAAAUGUGGACGACGCAAUCACGCAAAUUUAAGCGAACCAAGAUGGCGGGUCUUGGGGAGACGACGAAGCGUCAUUUCCCGUUACAAACAAUUGACCAUGUUGUAAGGUUAUUUCGAUCACAGCUAGAAAAUAACGACGAUCCGAAUUUAAUCUUGUUGUCUAUCGUCGUUGGCUACAUUGAAAAUAUGUUGACAUGCAAUAGAAUCGUCCCAUCGCCAGCAUCUGAGAUGGAAUGUCAUUUGGAAACGGUUUUCCCGAUGGUGGAACUCGUGGCCGUCGAAGCUCUAUAUGGAAAGUUUCAGAGCCAAAUAAAAGGUUCCGUCGAUUUGAGUCAGUAUAAGAGUCAGAGUAGUGGACGAUUUGCCACAAGAGAACUGGUCAAAAAAGUGUCCGAUGUAGUUUGGGGUUCUCUGACCAGAAGUUACUAUAAGGACAGAGCACACUUACAGACCUUGUAUAGUUAUUUGACCGGAAACAAGCUAGAUUGUUUUGGUGUUGCAUAUGCAGUUGUAGCUGCGUGCCAGGCUUUGGGAUUUGGUGAUGUUCAUUUAUCUUUAUCCGAAGACCAUGCUUGGGUGACAUUUGGAAAGGAAGGUGAUGAGACAGCUGAAGUUACUUGGCAUGGAAAGGGCAAUGAAGAUAAAAGAGGACAACCUGUUACAAGUGGAUGUACUGAAAAAUCUUGGUUGUACUUAAAUGGCUACCCUGUUAAAUGCACACGUCAUACAGAGGUAGCAGCAUUAGUUUCUGGCAUAAAUCCCUCCAUAAAUGCAACAACAGAUAGUAUGGAAUUGGCAACAUUGCAACAGAAACUUUUAUGGGUUUUAUAUGAUCUUGGACAUCUAAAAAAUUAUCCUAUGGCACUUGGAAAUCUUGGUGAUUUAGAAGAAAUUUCUCUUACUCCUGGUAGACCUCCUCCAAUAGAAUUAUUCCGAGAAGCAAUCUUGGCAGCCCAAAGUUACUACAAUAAUCAACAUGUGUAUCCAUAUACAUACUUAGGAGGCUACUUAUAUAGAAAUGGUCGUUACAAAGAAGCUUUAGAAGCUUGGGCAAAUGCUGCCGAUGUGAUACGAAAAUAUAACUAUGGGCGUGAAGAUGAAGAGAUUUAUAAAGAAUUUCUUGAAAUUGCAAAUGAACUCAUUCCACAUAUUAUCAAAGUUGUUAGUACUGGUGGCUGUGAACCUUCUGGUAGAUCAACAAUACCUUUAUUACAAGAUCCUCAAUGUUUUGCUUAUCUUUUGCGUUUUUAUGAUGGAUUGUGUGAAUGGGAAGAAGGAUCAUCUACACCUGUUUUGCACAUUGGAUGGGCUCGACCUUUAGUUGCAACAAUUUCAAAGUUUCCUGCAUCCAUUCGAGCUCGAGUGGAUAUACAUAUUUCAGAAGAGGAAGAAGAAGACAAAUUAAUUGAUGAAAAUGAAAAAAAAACAGAGAAAGAUGACACAAAAAACAAUGAUGAAGACAAUGUAAAAAAUAAAGGAAAACAAAAAGAAAACAAAUUAAAUGAAAAAGAUGGUAAUAUUGCAAUGAAUGGAUCUUCUGAAAAGAAUUCAAAUAAAUCUCAACAAAAAAUUACAUCAAAGAAACACAUCAUUGCUGAAUCAGAAAAAUCAAAUGAUAAACCUGCUUCAGGUCAAGAAUCAGAAUUUUUGAGAUCUUUAGUGACGCACAUUGAUCCAAAUGAAGCUCCUCAUCCUAAUAUAAUGGCUCUUGCUGCAGCUUGUGGAGAUAAUAUUUUAAAUCCUGAAUACCUUUUAGGUUCAGGAGAACCCUUUUCUUCUCGGUCAUCAAGCUCCUCAUCGUCAUCAGCUGAUUGUCGAGAUCUUCUAAGCACACAAUCUAAUGGAACACCAUUUCCUGGUUUGACAGUAGAUUCUAUGCUAAAAGCAGACAGUCCAGCCGAUCUUUUACAGGGUGAUUCGGGAGCAGACACUAACCCUAACCAUCGUGUGGAUAUUAACCUAACAAGUCAGAAAAUGGCUGGUUUACGAGAAUUACUACUUGCAGAAAAACUGAACACAUCAGCCAUUCAGCUACAAUUAACAGCACAGUCACAGGUGCAGGUUGUUAAAAGAGGACGUCACAGUAGUGAAUUUGACUUUGUUCCCACAGGACGCACAACUAAACGGAGUAGACGGGAAUGAACAGGGACCACUAGUCAGUGGAAGCCAUGCGCUUUGUUGUAUUCUGUUCUAGAACAGAAAUGCAACAGUUGGGGAAAGUGUUACGGGUGUUGCAGCAUCUGUGAUUCACUGUAUAUAGUCAGCAUCACCUACUUCUCCACUUUGUCAUACAUAGUCAUCCAUUUUCCUCAUGAACUGUUUGUGCUUAAUUGUUUUAUUCACCUCUACGGUAAAUAUGCAUUUCCAGUUGUGAAGGUGGCAUUGUUUGUUAGAAUGUUUUAGAUUAUUAACUUUCUGCAAGUCAUCUUUUCAGAACAUCACAUUAUUGUUUUAAAACAUACUAAAAGAAUAGAUCUCAAAUGUAGAAGCAUAUUCAGUACGGCUUGUAUAUUUGCAUUUAUCUUUUCUUUUACACAAAAAUAAAACAAAAAUUGCAGUUAUUCCAAGCUGGAAAGUAGUCUUGCAGAAGUUCUGUUGCUUUUAUUAACUGCCUCUCGGCAGAAGUUGUUAUAAAAAAAAAUGUUGUUAGAUGCACAAGGACAGGAAUUGUUGAAUGUAGAGGAAAGGCCUAUAUUUUUGUGGAAGUGUUGAAUUAUUUUUGUUUCAAAGAAAAACAUGUACAGUUUCUCCUGGUUGGUUAAGCAACUAGAUAUCUCUUUCUGUAUAGAUAGUGAAAAGCACUUAUCUGUGUAUUGCCUACAGUCUGUGAUGCUGUUAAAAAAAGAUGCCAAAAUUAAAAUAAUGCAGAUUUAACAAGUUAAAAUGCAAAACAAAAAGUUUGAAUUUGUGCAAUUGAAAAAAAAAAUUUUAAACCCUGAAAAGUCUCAGAUAUUGUACAUUUACUCUUGCUGCAUUCAUUUAAUUCUACAGUUGUGAUAUCAAAAUGCAAAUUUGUCAAACUGUGUUUUGACUGUUUUUAAUUUGAUGAAAAUUCAAAUGCAAUUAUUAUUUUGUUCAAGUUCAUGUUUAAAUGUACAGUACAGACUUAGUAUUAUUUAGUGUACAAAAUCCUUAGUGUUAAUAAAUAAAAGUAGAAAAUUGUACUAACUGAUUACACAUUGAGAAUUGCCUGUUAUUAAGAUAAUUUAAACAUACAACACAUAUAACAAAUGAUUUUAAAAAAUCAUUAUAUCAAAAUUUAAGAAAAGUACAGUACUUUUUUGUACAGUAAUUUUAAUU